CUACAUUCGACGAUGGCUUUCAAACUAAUCGUCCUCAGCUGCCUGCUGGCACUUGCCCAUUCCGCCCACCUCGGGGUGAGGACGCCCUUUUUCGGCAGUCGUAUCGUAGGUGGUGAGGACGCAAACGUCGGUCAGUUUCCGCAUCAAGUGUCCUUACAAUGGGGAGUUCCACCGAUGCUUGCUCUAAGUCACUUCUGUGGUGGUUCCAUUAUCGCCGAAGACUGGAUUCUCACAGCUGGACACUGCGUGAAAGCUGUCUCCAACUACGGAACUUUUGCUAUUAAGGCUGGAAAACACAACAUCAACAAGAAGGAGGCUAAUGAGCAGAUGUCUGAGGUUGAAAAAAGUUUCAUUCACGAAAAGUACCUAGGAAGCGUAGGACCAUUCGAUAUUGCCCUUCUGAAACUCAAGACGCCUUUGAAGUUCAAUGAAAUUGUGCAACCGAUCGCUCUAAUAAAGGCUGGAUCUGACACCACUGGUAAUGUAGUACUAUCUGGCUGGGGUUCAAUCUCUCCGACCAAUAGACCCAAGUACCCAAGCAUCUUGCAGACAGUCCAGCUGCCCACAAUCGACCUGAAGACGUGCAAUGCCUCGAUCGAAGAGUUCGCCAAACCUUCACCCCUACACGAGACGAACCUCUGUACUGGUCCACUUUCCGGUGGAUAUUCCGCUUGCAGUGGUGACUCUGGUGGUCCUCUGAUCAGCGACAACAAUGGACACAGGGAACUCGUAGGUGUAGUUUCCUGGGGAAUGAUUCCGUGCGGUACUCGAGGUGCACCAUCGGUUUUCGUCAAGGUUUCAUCGUUCAUUGACUGGAUAAGAGAUAUCACCGGUGAUCUACCAUUCAAAGAACUACGCUACGUUGAGCGCGUCUAAUUUAAAUGAUAAAAUGCCUGUGAUUAGAUAGAUAAUUCCGCUGUGAAUGGAUAUCCACGAAUUUAGUACUUAUAUCAUCAUAUCCAUAGCGAAGUGUAUGCUUCAUAGAUUUUUUGUUUCAUAUUGUAAAUAGGAAUUGACCGGGUUAAAUUAUGAAUAUGAUUUUUAUAAAUUGUUUUUUGAUUCUUCAUUGCUAUUUAAUCAUUUUCUUUUACUUUAGUAAUAAGUAAGAAAAUAUAAAUACAUGUACCGUCUUAUACUGUUUAUGCAAAUACAUUUAAAAAAUUUAAUCUGA